AUGCCCUCCGCGGCGCUCGCGCGCUCCGACUCCCAGCGGGCGCGGACGGAGCAGUUGAAGGCGGCGUACGGCGGCGGUCUGAAGCGCUCAGGGUCAGGCAAUUCGCGCAACGGCGGCGCUGCGGGCGACGACGACGCGCUGGCGCGCCUUCAUGAGGCUGCGAAGCCGGCGAGGAGGCCCGCGCGGGCCGUCGGGCGGACCGUCUCCGCGCACCUGACGUUCGAGUGCUCGGCGACGGUCCCCGAAGCUGGCGGAGGGGGGCAGACGGGCGCUGCGGCGGCCCCGGCGCUCGACGCGAUCGCGGAGCGCGCGGCCCGCGACGCCAAGACACCGCCCGCGCCCGCGGGGCAGACCGUCGCGGAAGCCGCCGCCCAGGCGCGGUGGCGCAAGGCGGCCACGACGGUGGCGCGGCACCGCUCGGUGCGCAUCGACGGCGACGCGGCCGAAAAGGACGGAGCGAUGGCCAUGCUCGCGCCGAAGAAGCUCUCGCAAGAGGAGGUCGAGGCCCUCGUCGACCGCCUCCACCCGCACCCGGGACUCCCCCCCACCGUCCGCGCCCUCUCCCUCGGCCCAGACCGCACCACCUCUACCGCACAAGCGUCGCCCACCAACAACAGCAGCAGCGACGCAGGCGCGCCGCAACACGCGCUCCCGCGCACGAUCCGCGGCGCGCGCGCGUCCUCGCGCACCGCGCUCGACCGCGUCGCGGAAGACUCCCCCCGGGGGGCUGCCAACCUGACUGACCCCGGGGCUCUCGACGUCAUCCGCGUCGCGGUCGAGGAGCGGCGGCGCGCCGAGGCGGCGCGCGCCCGCGCGCGCGAGGAGCUCGAGCGCGCGGAGGCUGAGCGGCGCGACGCGGAGGCGGCGCUGGCGCGCGCGCAGGAGGCCGCUGCUGCGGAGCGGAGCAUGGCGGAGGAGCGGAGGAAGGCGGCGGAGGCGGAGCAGGCGCGGCUCGCGGAGGCGCGGGCGGCGGAGGAGGCGCGGCUGCGCGAGGAGGAGGCGGCGCGCGCGGCGGAGGAGGAGCGGGCGCACGCGGCGGCGGAGGCGGCGCGCGCGGAGAUGCAGGAGCGAGCGGCGGCGGAGGCGCGGCGCGCGGAGGAGGAGGCCCGCCGCGCGCGCGAGGCUGCGGCGGCGGAGGUGCAGCGUGCACAGGCCGAGCGGGAGGCCGCGGAGCGCGAGUGGCGCGCGGCGGAAGCGCAGGCCGCCGCCGAGCGCAAGCGCCUCGAGGAGGAGGCCCGCGCAGAGGAGGCGCGGCUGGAGCGGGAGCGCGCAGAGGCGCAGCGGCACCUGGAGGCAGCGCGCGAGGCGGCGGCGGUGGCGGCGCGCGUCGCGGAGGAGCAGCGGCAGCUCAUGGAGAUGAAGGAGGCCGCGGAGCGCACGCGGCGGGAGGUCGAGGCGGCGCGCGAGGCGGCGGCGGCGGAGCUCAAGGCUGCGCAGGCGGAGCUGGUGGCCGCGGACGAGAAGCGGAAGCUCGCCGAGGCGGAGCGCCGGCGCGCGGCGGAGCUCGCGCGCGCGGCGGAGGCGGACGCGGCGGCCGCGGCCGCCGAGGCGGACGCCCUGGCGAGCAAAGCAGAGAGCUCCGGCCCGGGCUCGCGCCCUAGCAUGGAGUCGCAGACGACGGACGGCGGGCCGCAGCGGAACCCGCUGCUGAUCGCGAGCUUGUCGCCGACGGGCGCGGCGAGCCAGCUGGAGGAUUCGCUGGCGACGCAGGCGCCGGAGGAGGAGGUACUGAGUGGGAAGCUGCCGGCGUUCGUGCAGCUCAAGGUCGGGGGGCAGAUCGUGGAGGCGCGCGUGCUGACGCUGCUGUCCGCGGGCACGCAGUCGUGGUUCUGGAACGUCUUCGUCGACGGCGACUGGCGCGUGCACGCCGACCACGAGGGCCGCGUCCUCGUCGACCGCUGCCCGCACGGCCGCGUCGACCCCUCCGGCCUCCGCCACGCCCUGCACUUCCUCGACCAGUCCGAACGCGUCAGCGAGCUCCCCCUCCCCAGCGGCACCACGCCCGCCCGCCUCCUCCUCCCGCGCGACCGCGCGGAGCUCCGGAAGGUGCUCUCGACUGCCAAAGUACUCAAACUGGAUGCGGUGCACGAGGCGGUGGUUGCGGCGCUCGCCGAGGACGCGCACGGCGCGCGCGCGGCGCCGCGGCCCGACACGGUCGCGGACUACGCGCGGACCGUGCUGGGGAUGGCGGACCCCGAGGCGGAGCGCGAUUUGCUCUACAUUGCGGAGUGGGCGCUCGCGGCGCCGCUGCCGGCCGGCUGGACGUCGCACGCGGACCAGGACGGCAACGAGUACUACCACGACGCGUCGACGGGGGUGUCGACGUACACGCACCCCCUGGACGGGGAGUUUCGGGCGUUUUAUGAGAAGUGCAGGGCGGUCAAGGCGCGGCACGACGCCGUGCGCGAGAGCUCGUUCCGCGGCGUGCCCCGCACGCCGCCGUCGUCGCGCGCGCUGGUGGCGUCCAAGAUGAGCCUGCGGCACGCGCGGACGAUGGGCGCGGAGAAGCUCGGCGCCGCCGUGGCCGCGGUGAGCGACUCGGGCGUGCCGCAGCCGCCGCUGGCGCGGGGCGCGACGGUGGGGCCGGGGGGCUUCUCCGCGAGCCGCGUGCUCGCGAAGGUGCGGUCGGUUGUGGCGCUAGACCCGCUGCAGGAGUUCGCCGAGGCCACGCCGCGCCCCGCGGCGCCCGUUCGGUCCUCGAGCAGCAUGGCGUCGACCAGGAUGCGGUCGUGGAUGGAGAAGGAGGCGAGCCGGCUGUCCGCGAUGGCGGGCAUGUCGCGCGAGGACAUGCAGCAGGAGCUCGCCGAGCAGCAGCGGUUGCACGCUGACCGAGUGGCGCGGCGCGCAGGCGCGAUGGCGUCGAGUCGACACAAGGAGGCGGCCCUGGAGCGGCACGCCUCGACCCUCGGCGGCGACAUGCGCAACGCGCUGCCCGUCGGCGGCAGCGUGGGCCGCCGCGGGUGA